AAGGAAAGGAAAAAGGAAAGGGAAGGAGGAAGAAGCACUGAACAGUGCGCAACAGAAGCACAGUGUGGAGGCAUGCUGAAAAUAACUGAGUUCUGGGCAGACUAACAGAGUGCUGAUGUGUGCUGUCUUCAGCGUGACAGCUGGACAGAUGUGUCCAUCUCUGAUCCCAAAGCAUUAGCCAAGAUGCUGUGCCAGAGCUGUUACCCCUGCCUCUGAGCAGCUCAUGGAUGAAAAGCUGAAAAACUCAGCUGCUUUUGCUGUACUAUCUGCCUUCCAGCAAGGAGGUAGGUGGCUUGUGUCCGGCCAGCUUGGUGUGUUGGCUGAGCAUGGUUGCCUCUGCCUAUGGUUGACCCAGUAAACAAGGUGCUUGCUUAGGUGGAGCUACCUCAUUCUGGAGAUAGCUGCUUUGCUUUUGGGAUUGGAUCCAGAGAUGAGAAGGUAACUGCUGAAGUUGCUUGCCAAGACAGCUCUCAAAUCUGAUGAUGGAUCAGGCCUUGAGGAUAACUAACAGCAAUUAUCUUUACUGUAGCUAUAUCUAUUCUGAGUGACUUUUUGGGGGGUUUGUUUUGUGUUGAUUUUUGUUUUGUUUUGAAAAGAGUGCUGGUUUGUGUGUACUUCAAGGGAAAUACCAGCCUUCAUCUUGGCAAGUAUAGUCUUUUGGGUGCAAACUUGUCACUGUGGUGACAAAUAGGGUAGCAGUGAGAAAUUAAAAUGCAAAUGUAUAUUCUUCUAUUUAGUUUCUGACACAUUCUUGUAUUUUCAUUUGGGAAAGCCUCAUCCAAAAGCAUUCCCCUGCUUUGGUAAGGAAGCAAAUGAUUUCAGAAAAAAACAUGUUGAAAUCAUCAGGCCAUUCAUUGUACCUGUUUUGGUAGUGCGUCUUUUUUCUUAGCCAUUCAUUUGCAUAACCCUAGCUCUUUUUGACCGUUCUGUACCCUUUUCUUUAGCAGAUGUUUCCCCCCAGCACUAGUCAUGGUGGCAGCUUGUGCAAGGUGGCAGGACUGGGUGAGUUUGGGGAGAGGGGUGGAAGCUACAGGUCAUAAAUAAGUGUAUUGUGUGUGGUUGGUGGUAUGUAGCAAGUGUGGUUUAGUAAGAUGAGCUUCCAGCUCUUCCUGCUGAAGGGGAUGCACACCUUCCUUUACACUGGCACAUUUCUGCGAGAUGAUAGGAGGCUGAAAAGAAAUGCCAUUUUUACAGCCAAGUUUCUGUGUGUUACUUUUUCAUGUGUUCUUACUGAUAGAAGGCUUGGGUAGCUGCCCUGCUGUCAGACUGUAUUACCUAGCUUCAGCUGGUCAUGAGUCCAUGCUUCGUGUUCACAUGUAUUGCUUUUUUUCUUAAGGACUGCUCAUGUGGGCAGUUACAAACACUGAUGGAAUGAGCAUGACACUCCACAUCUCCCUUUCCUCCCUCUGGUACUCAGAUUUCAUUAAGUAGGGCAUUUGCAGUUUGAAAUUUGUAAUUGUAGCAUCUGUCAGAAGUAAAGGAAAAAAAAAAAACCUGCUAAAAUAAGCAGGGUAGAGCACACUAGAUCUGCUUCAGAUAAAGCUGACUAUUAUCAUGUGCUGUUAAACCAAGUGUUUUAAAGGAUUAAUAGAUACUUUGUUUUAAGAGAUUGGUUAGUGGUAGGAAGUAAGGCUGCCAGUGAAAUCUUUAUUCCAGAGUCCAAAUGCAAAGAUCUCUUAUUAAAAUUUAUCCAGUUGUUUAGCUUUUCUUAACAGAGUGUUCAUAGGUCACAGAAACAAGUGCAGUAUGAAAUUUCAUACUCAAUAGUCUUUUAAAGAAAAAUAGUUGUAUUCCAUAAUUUCAGAAGAAAACAGCUACUGGUUUUUGCUGUCAACAUAUGCCCCUGUGUGUUUACAUUUGUGUGUAUCCUAGACUGUUUCGAUUUUUGUUUUGUUAUUUUAAGCAGUAGAAGCCUUUACAGGUUCCAAAGGAUUUAAUUUGCUUUCUUUCUAGCCACUUUUUCCUAAGAAAAGGUGACCGCACCAAUGACGUGAAAAAUCCUGUCUGCAGCAUUGCCUUGCAAUUCAUUAACUCUGCUGCUUUGCCUCCGCUUGGCUUCGUUUCACUUUUUAGGUUCCCUUCUCCUUUUCAUGGGAAUCCCUGUUCUGGGGACUUUUUACAUACUUGUCAUCUGCCACAUAAAGGGACAGGUGAAGGGAAGAGGGGGCUUUCUUAUAACUGUUUUGUUAAGAGAGCCCUGUGGUUCCUAAUCCACUGUAAUUUGUCUCAGUUUCCUCUUCCUUAAUUUCAUUUUGCCCCUAUUUCUGAACCUCCUCACCUUCGUGCUGAUGACUCCUCCCUCCCUGAUCUUUGGGUUUGGAGGCGUGGUUAGAUGCCAGAAGCAUUCAGUUAUUACUUACACAGGGAAACUUCAUCCUGUCUGACAAGCAUACCAUUCGUAGCCUUGAGGGAUAUACCUGAAGGGCGCUGAGUUUCCACUCAGAAUUUAAGUAGAUUAGAUUAUGUAUACAUAUUUGUUGUGACUUGGCGGGUAUUCCAGUGCCUGAGGUCUUAAAACCUGUACUUUGCUAUACUCGAGGCAAGUUCAACUGCAUGUUUCAAAAGAUGCUCUGAGGAGAUGGGAGGCUGCUGUUUGGAGUCCACAAAUGUGUUAUACUCUCUAGAUCUGGUACAACACAGGAAUUCUGACUACUGUUCUGUUUAGUCCUGUGUUUUGUCUUGAUGUUAGGUGCUAUCAGAUGCCUCAAGAGGGGAUAUAACUGUAAGAUACAGAGGAGAAGAUAGUAUCUUAUUUAACUCUCUUCUGAUUUGUAUUUUGUCCUGCAAAAAGAGGAUUGCUAUUCUUUUUUUCCUGAAGCCUUCCUGAAAUCAUAUUAUAAUUUUGUAUGAUCCAGUUAUCUAUGUAAAUCUUGUCUGUCUGACUGUAAGCUACCUUCUGGCAAUUAAUCUCACAAGCUAAUACUUUGCUGUUAAGAAACAACUCAUGGCUGUUUAUUUGUUUAAAAUUUACUAUGCUGUGGCUUUAUUGAGUGUAUCUGUCAUAAGAACAGAUGAAACCUGUUACUCUGAAUCUGAACAAGUUACUCCACUGCCAAUAGCUUUAUCUUGUUAUCUUGUUUAAAAAAAAAAAAAAAAAAAAGAAAGAAAAACCAAAACAACAAAGACUCAAUCAUAAAAAUGCAGCCCCAUAAUUCAGGUGCUGCAGAUAUGCUGGAGGGAACUAUGAAGUUAAAACAGCUGUAUUUUAUGAAAUUCUGUUUGGUAUGGCACUUUUCCUUAUAAGGUCCAAUGACCAAUUGUUUUGAUUAUUUAGAAGGAAAAAAUUCCAUGAGAACUGUUACUGAAAAUGACUAACUUGGCAUUUGUGAUCUGUCGCUCUCUUACAACAUUUGAUGCAAUACUGAAUUUAAGAUAGAUGAAACAUCCAGUUAGCUGCUCAGUGUUUCAGCUGUUCCUGCGUGACCUAUUUAUUUCAUUUUCUUGUAAAUUGCUAAUGAUAUCUGUAAAUAAAUACUCCUCCUUUUUCUAGUGGUGUCUUCUUAAUAUCCAGGCCUUUGUAAGUAAGGAACGGCCUGUGCAUCUGAUAGAAAUCUCCAAGACACGGUUUGCGAUGCACAGUGACCUACUGGCAGCAAGGAGCUGAAGUGAUUCCUUGGGUUUUGCCACCAGAGCAGGGAAGCCUUGGAAGGAGUGUUGCUCUGCAGCUGCUGAUGGGCAGGGGAGGCUCUGAAAGAGCACUGUGGUUAGGGCUGCAAUUUAGAAACAAAUGGGUCUUGUUGGGAGAGGGGGGAAGACUUAACAGGGACAUAGGCUGGAUUUGGUUAAGCAGUUUUGUUUCUUUCUUUAAGCAAGGACUGGAAGUUGAUAAAAAUGUGCAAGGUGAUACGCUUUAGAUAUGAGCUGCUUUUCUCAAAGUUGCAGAGGGGGAUGUGAGAGAGAUGGGACCAGGACUUACAGAUCUGAAAUGUGCAUAUCUAUCUGACCCAUUGCUUUGGUGUCUUAGUGGCUUACAGAAGAUGCAUGAAUACAGUAAUUACAAAUCCGUUUGUGUUAUCUGUUAGAUUAAUCUCUUAAAGGUAGAGGAUGAGGAAUAAUCCAUUGUGGGGAUUUUUUUUUUUCAUUAUGAUAUUCUUCCUGUAUGCUGAAAAAGAUGUUUCUCUAACAAACAGAAACUGCAUGUAAAAUUCACUGCAAUUUCCGUUCUUUACUUCUAUUUUCCUUUUGUCAGUACGGAAACCUAGGAUUCACUCAAGCAGACAAUAGGUAGGAUUGUCCCUUUGUGAAUUUUAAAAUGGAUGAAGUGAGAAAGAAUUUCUAGGCUGAUGAUUACUGAGAAAUAAUUAACAAAUUCAGUUCACUAUGGCUUAGUCCACAGUAGGAUGUUACCUUGAAUACAGUGCAGUUCCUCUUACAGCAUUGUGUGUCUGUGCUGAAUUGAAUUCUCAAUGUUGCAUCACAAAGGACUAUUUACUGUAGAAAAUGCUUGUUGUGGUGGGCUGGGUUCCACUCAAGGUUUCUUUGGGUUGAUUGCUUAUAAUGUGCUUUAGUUCUUAUUUCUUCAGACUUGGCUCACUACCCAUGUCCUGCUUUACUAAACCAGGAUCAUUCUGGGUAGAGGUAGAUGCUCCAUACAUGUUGGCAGGUAGGCAAGAGUGCUGCUUUUUGUGGUGGAGGUUCUAAGAAAGUUGGUUAUAAUAAUCAAUUAGUUUUGAAGGGUCUGCUAAGGUUCUGGUGGCAUCCAGUUCAUAUAUGACUGAGCCUGCUUGGAUAUGAAUUAUUAUGGGAUGGACAGGUACAGGUGCACACAUAAAUGAAGGAGAGAAAACACACCUGGACCUGGCCUCGGGAAUGAAUCAGCACAAGGGACCACAAAAGAUACAGCAGAAGACAAAGAAACUCAACAGUAUUCUUGAUAAGUGCCCUCAUACAUGCUCAGGGCUGUGAUUUUGCAAGUGACAUUGCCACCAAAUCCAGGAGUGAAUUAUUUUUUUUCUCUCAGAUGGAACAGUGUCACAACAGAGGCCUGAGGUAAAUGAGUUUAAAAAAAAAAAAAAAAACAAAAAACAGAAAAAAAAAAAGUCUGUAGCCUCACCCUCACCUAUACCAUAGUGUCCUCCUGGCCUGGGUUUGCUUCAAAGCACUGUGUCUCCUCAGCUGUGAACAAUACCCAAGAAACAGCUACAGGAUCCUGUGGAGGCUGGAGGAGGAAACUGAUCUGGUAAGUAUUGCAUGCCCAAUUGCACAAUAACUUCACAGGAGGGUUUAAACUACUUUUUCUGGAGCAUCGCUUCAUCACUCAGGUAGCAGCCUUUCCCUUGCCAUUUAACUUAGCUAUUCUCAAGCUUAUGUCAGACUCCUGUUUUAUUUAUUUUCUGUGAACUUCUCAUCCAUACGGAUGUACUGUCACUUACUGACCAUCUCUAAACUUCUGCACUCCAGCUACUGUCCCUCCAUCCUUUCAUUUCUCUUAUUCCGUCAUCCAGAGUAUCAGCCUUUACUGUUGGUAUCCCCUACCCCUGUCCCUGGUCUUUGCUCAGCUAGCCUUGCCUUCUUACCAGUCCAGCUGUAUGGAAGGACUUCUCAGAAAUGUUCCUGUCUCAACUCCUUGACACCUGCUAUGUCUUCUGCUUCCCCUUGUUCUCUGUGCUCUUUACCUUCUGGGUAAAAGACCCAUUUAAUGAGGAAUAGCGUCAAGUUGUCUUAGCUGCCCAGAUCAGUUAUCCUCACUGUCCAAAUCUUUGCAACUCUGUCCCGUACCUACCUUGCCCUAUAUGGAAAGCCUGGAGAUCUGCAGAAGGAGAAUGCUGACCCUGCUCUUGGUGUUGAUGUCACCAUGGAGCUCACUGCCUGCUCCCUGCCUUGGGGACCCUUAGGUUGUGGGGAAGGCAGGAAGCAGCCCACCCCAGUUAGACACAGCAAGGAGCUGUCCCAGCUGAGCUGAAGCCAUGGCAUGGCUCACCUCCAUGCUCCCUGGAGCUCUGCUCCUCAGGUUGAAUGCAAAGGGAGAUAGUUUGAAGGCUGGAGGGAGUCAUGUGUUCAGGGGGUGUGCACAGACAUAGAGAAUGGAUAGUGCUGUAUGGGACUGCUUCCUCCUGCUGCUGCCUACACCCCUGCGUGUGUGACAUCCUUCAGCUUAGCAAGUGUUGGUUUUCCUUCCUCUCAGUCAGUGACUGUCACAUCUGUGCUGCUGACUCAUGUUCUGUAAAAGUUUGUCCAGCACCUGACUCCACAAUUGCAAGAGCUCGUGAUCACACUUUUUGAUACUUUUGCACGCUUUUUUCUUCACUGUUCCCCUCAGUGAAAUGUCAUCUUCUCAUCAGUCUUACUUCAAAGCUUUAAUGAUGUAUUUCUUUGCUGUGCCAAGUCCCAGACAUGAUUCACACUUUUCUGCCUCCUUUCUCUACUGAUGUGAUCUGUCAUUUCCUCCUCGCUAAUCACAUCCUUCCCCAGCUUUGGUUAUGCUGCCCCCCUGCUCCAGACCUUAGUCAUGCUCAGAGUAUUUAUUCAUCCUAGAGCAGUCUCAAAUACAAAGCUGUGCUGUUGCGAAGUUUCAUUACCGUGCUCGAUCUUCAGCCAGGGUGAAGUACACAAAGAAUUUGGAACUGUGUUGCUAUUCUGAAUCUGUGUAGUAGAAUGAGCUUGUGUAGAUCUAAAAGCUGCAACAGAAAUUUCUUAGCUUUGCAGUGUAUUUUACCAUAAUUUUCAGGAGCCAUAAAAAGAGUGAAAAUAGUGUGUAAGAGAGAGGUUUGAUAUAAAAAGUGCAGGCAAAGGAGGUGUUGGGUUGUUGAUAUUGGAGUUUUCUUUCCCCCCCUAAGGAAAUGCUCCUCUAACACUCCCAGAUGAAGCUUAUUGAUAGGUAACCUUGCAGUGCAUUAUCACAAUUUGCCUGUUGUCUUUACAAAUGAGGUCCUCAGGUCUCCCAGAAAUUUGUUAGGGAGUGCAGUCCUUCAGCAUAAGGACAUCUACUUUCCCAUGUAUGCAGUUAAAUAUGUAAUGCAUAUUAGUUUUUUCUUUUAAAACCAAACAAAAAAAACCAACAACCAAAAGCAGGAUGCUUUAUACUCAAAUUCCCUAUCCAAUAGUGUCUGACUAUUUCAAGUCUUGAAACAAUAGCAACCAGCUUACUCCAUUACGUAUGUCAGAAAAACCUACAACAGCAUAUGUAGUAUGUGGAAGUAAUUUGGAAAGCAUUUUGCAGUUUUGAAGGGCACACGGUGAAAAGAGAAACUGGGAGAAAAAAAUCUAAAUGUGAUCAUGAGGGAAGAAAUUAGUUAGCAGUAUUAAAAUAGACUUUGUAAUGAGUGGGGUGACUAGUAACAUCUUUAUUUUUUCUGAUUUCUCUUAGCACAUAAAAAAGCUGCAGUCCAUAUGAAGAGGGAAUUAGUAGCUCAAAGGUAGCCAUCAGAUUUCAGAAGAUAAACAAAAGGUGGAUCUGAACUUUGAAAUUGUCAGCUCAGCAAAGGCAGAGUGAUGAAAGGAGGGUUUCCUGGAGAACCCCCAGAAGAUUGUGAUGGAUUAUGCGUUUCUGGAAGGCGACAAGAAACAGGCAGUACAAAGGUGCUAAACCUAAACAGUUCUAACAAAACACUGGUCAAGCAUUUUAUCGCCAGCAUCCUGAAAAACAUAGAAGACCAGUAAAAAUGGGAAGUACUGGAUUCUGGUUUCCUCCAAGAAGAGUCAGCGGAACUGGUUAAGACCAAAAUCUGAGGACUUUAGUGGGCAAACAUCAGUCCCCUUUUGCUUUCUUUUACGACCACAUGAAACUUGAGAAGCCAUCUAAAGCUAAAUCAUUUAGUGGAGUUGGGCAAUUCCCAAGUGUCCAACAAGAAGGCCUGGUUUAGGCUGCGAUGGCCACUGUCAUUCCUGGUGAUUUGUCAGAAGUAAGAGAUACCCAGAAAGUCCCUUCAGGGAAACGUAAGCGUGGUGAAACCAAACCAAGAAAAAACUUUCCUUGCCAACUGUGUGACAAGGCCUUUAACAGUGUUGAGAAAUUAAAGGUUCACUCAUACUCUCACACAGGAGAGAGGCCCUACAAGUGCACACAACAAGACUGCACCAAGGCCUUUGUUUCUAAGUACAAAUUACUAAGGCAUAUGGCUACUCAUUCUCCUGAGAAAACCCACAAGUGUAAUUAUUGUGAGAAAAUGUUUCACCGAAAAGAUCACCUAAAGAAUCACCUACAUACACACAAUCCCAACAAAGAGGCCUUUAAGUGUGAAGAAUGUGGAAAGAACUACAAUACCAAGCUUGGGUUCAAACGUCACCUGGCUUUGCAUGCUGCAACAAGUGGUGACCUCACCUGUAAGGUAUGUUUGCAGACUUUUGAAAGCACGGGAGUGCUGCUGGAGCACCUAAAAACUCAUGCAGGCAAGUCGUCGGGUGGAGUGAAGGAGAAAAAGCACCAGUGUGAACACUGUGAUCGUCGGUUCUACACCCGAAAGGAUGUCCGCAGACACAUGGUAGUGCACACUGGAAGAAAGGACUUCCUCUGUCAGUACUGUGCACAGAGAUUUGGGCGGAAGGAUCACCUCACGCGCCACAUGAAGAAAAGUCACAACCAAGAACUUCUGAAGGUCAAAACAGAGCCAAUGGACCUUCUAGAUCCCUUUACCUGCAAUGUUUCUGUGCCUAUUAAGGAUGAGCUGCUUCCAGUGAUGUCUUUACCUUCCAGUGAACUGACAUCAAAGCCAUUUACAAACACUUUGCAAUUAAAUCUCUACAACACUCAGAUUCAGUCCAUGCAGAGUUCUGCAUCUGCACACCAAAUGGUUGCCACAUCGUUACCAUUGGGAAUGCCUUGUCCAAUAGAUAUGGAGUCUGUCCACCCUUCUCACCAGCUAUCAUUGAAAUACCCACUCGGUACUACCUCAUACUCAAUUUCUAUGCCUGAAAAAGAACAGCCAUUGAAAGGGGGAAUUGAAAGUUACUUAAUGGAGUUGCAAAGUGGUAUGCCUUCUUCAUCCCAGGAUUCUCAAGCAUCUUCAUCAAAACUAGGGCUGGAUCCACAAGUAGGGCCACUAGAUGAUGGGUCUGGGGAAGUUUCCCUUUCCAAGGGCUCCGUUCCUAUUAGCGAACCUCUAAAUGCCCCAUCAUUGGACUUUUCUCAGCUGUUCAACUUCAUACCUGUCAAUGGCCCUCCCUAUAAUCCUUCUGUUUCAGUGGGAAACCUGGGGAUGAGUUACACGCAAGAGGAGGCACAUUCUUCUAUGACUCAGCUUCCACCACAAACCCAGGAUCCACAAGAUCCUAGCAAUAGUAUAGGUCUUGGGUCUCUGCACUCAUUGUCAGCAGCUUUCACAAGCAGUCUAAGCACAACCACCACCCUACCACGAUUUCAUCAAGCUUUCCAAUAGGAUGUACAAAGUUGGCUUGUUAACUGUCUAUUUGUAGAAAUGCCUUAGGUGACCAUUUUUAACUUAGUGCCUACUAUAAGACAUUAUAAAUUCUCUGCUUUUGUACAGUACCAAUCUCAUGAAGCCAGUAAGAAAUUUAAAUUAACUUUUUAAAAAUGUUUUGAAAGUGUUUAUUCUCAGCUGUGUUUACUUUGGUUUGUUGUUUUUUUUUAAACAGUCUCAUUGUAUUGUUUUCAUUUUCACUGCCAAUUUACACAUUUAAAAUGUUCAGUAGAGAGUCAUCCCAAGCAAACUCACAACACUCAUCCCAUUUCUAAAACUUUUUAAACCAUACCAGCUAUUCUGUUUUAUUGAUGUCAGUGGUAGAAUUGCCACUUUUGCCUUUUAAUAUAUUUUACUAUUUGCAAAUAAUCAAUUUAAAAUAUGUAUCCCAAGAAUUCAUGAGAUUUGGGGAAAAAAUUCUCCAGUCUGUUUCCAAACAAAUCCUCUUCCCAAAUAGUGACACAUUUGACUUGUUCUCUAAUGACAAAUCUAAAUUUUUUAAAUAAAUAUAGAAUUCAGAUUUUUCUGAAAACUUGUGUGUGUAUAUAUAGAAGUCCAUAUAUACACAUGUACAUAUAUAUAGCAUUUUGACUUGUAUUAAAGUCAUUAUAAAAGUUGUUAAGAAUUUUGCCAUUUUCUGGGUUAAAUUUUGGUGGCCUGUUAUGGAUAACAGAAAAAAAAGUUAGUAUAAUUCUUUAAAAUUAGGGCUGAACGGAAUUUUGACAGAGAAUCUCUGCUUUCCUAAAUGACAGAUGUUUCAAGUUCAAUUUGAAACUGUUGUUCUGCUUUCGUGACUCUGGUAUAGGGAAACAGGCAAAAUUAAUGGCUGAUCUUGAAAUAUUAAAGUGUAAUGUAGUAAUGCAGAGUAUUUUGUCGCAGUUUUUGUUUUAAUUCUUACCUUGCUGUUUUUUCUCUCUAGUAGCAUAGAAAGAGUACUGCAUAGGAACCUUCCAGUAGUGUGUUCACGUUUGUAGGCGUCAGUCUUCUCCCCGCUGCCACCACCAAGGGGUGGAUCAAGUCCAGCCAGAAAGUGUGUACCUAUUUUCAGUUCAAAACUAGUGUGCAGUCAGAAAGUGAAUGUAAAUUUGCAACUACCAGUUUGUUUUGUUUUGUUUUGUUUUUAUUGGAGUGAUCUUUUCAGUUGUGUUACAUGGUGUGUUAUGUCCUCCUAAGCAACAAGUUAGCUGUUAAUCACACUUUCUACACCUGGGUACUUGGUUAGGGACUUUUUGCCCAUUGCCAAGAUUUAAAGACAGGACUCUUAGGAGUGAAGUAAAAGCAUAUUGCUUACACCACUUUUACCUAAUGCAAUAUAUAUUCUAUUCCCCAACCCCUAAUAACCAAAAGAGGAAAAAAAAACCCUAAAAAAACAACCAACCCUGUGAUGCAUAAAAGCAAACUAGAUUUGCUGUAAUUCAACAAUAACAUUAUUUUCCUUGUCAUUUUUGUACAAGGAAUUAAAAAAUGGAAAUUGAGUACAUUAGUAUCUCUCAAACAGUAAUGAGAAUUGAUAUAAGGUUUUAAGUGGUUAAACUAAAUAUACUUCACAGAAACAAAAGUUGCUCCCAUUUAAGGAGCUCAUGCUCCGGAUGUUUUAUCAGUAGCUCCUACUGGUUUUUUUAAUGCUAGGAGCAAUAUGCAGGUGUAGUUUUACUAUUUUAUACAUAUGUGUAUUUAAAUUUUAUUACUGAAAAAUAACAAUUUUAUAAAUGUGUUUGUGUUCCAAAGGCAUUACAAUAAGGAUGUGUUAAUAAGGAAAAUACCUUUUGAAAUUCUGCAAAUAACUCCUAGAUUUUGGGUUUAGGAGCAUGUUAUCUCAAAGUGGGCGUUUAGCUCUGCUUCACGACUGCUUCCUCUGGUUUCUGUGAAACAGGUUGCUCACUUGCUUACAUCUUCAGUUGAAUGAUUUGUUCAAUAUUGCUUUUUUUCCAUUCACUUUUCUAAAGGAAAGAAAAACACAGAUGAACAGAGCACAAGCUGAAUGCAGCCGAAUGUAGCUCUAGUUUACAUGAACGACCGUAACGCAUCUAAGAAAAACUUGGGUUUAUUCUCCAUCCUUUUAAUCUGAGAUGAAGAUAAAUGGACUUAAUUCCUGCAGUGGGUUAUGUCCUGUGUGGAGCCGAGCAUCUGCAACUUUCCCUGCAGCAGAGGAAAGCUGAGAGUGCUUGGCAUCUUGCAGCUGGCCCAGCAGUGUGACCGGGCAGCACUGCCCUCCGUGGGCAGCCUCUGGCACACAAAUUUCCAGUCUGGAGCCACUUGUUUUCGGCCCCAGCUGCUGAAAGACUUCAUAAAAACCAAAACCCCCAGAGACUUUGCCAACACCCAUUUCUUAGUGCGUAGCCAGAACCCUUACUACUUUGUUUGUGCCUUAGCUUCCUGAAAAGGGAUUGACAUUUCACUUGGAGUUAGAUAUACAUUUCACUUGAGAAAUAGAGACCUCAGACAAGAUAUUGAACCUCAUUCAGUCAGGGUUUCAGUGUGUGGCUGCACUCAGAGUGUUUGCAGCUGAACUAGGAUGUAGGGUAACAUGGAAGCAGACUGACCCUUUAAGCAAUACCAACACCACCAGAGUGCUUUUGAGCAUCGCUUAGGCAGAGUCAAUAUUGGCCACUAUGAAACCAUUAGUUUUUAAACCCCAUUUUCUUGAUUUCCCAUGGAUUCUUGGUGGGAGGGGGGAGGGCUGGCUGAUCAUGCACCACUCUUUGUGCAACUUCUAAACUUCUAGUGAGGUUGUUUUGUUGUUGUUGUGUUUUUUUUUUUUAAUAUAUAUUUUUUUGUGUACUUGUUGCUUUUGCUUUAUUAGUAGUAAAUUGUGGAAUAGAGUGAUUUAUUGUUAAUUUGGCAGUAGCGGUUUUUAAAAACCAUAUACUGACUGAAACAUGAGCCAGAGCUGAUUGCUUUAUUAAGCUAAUAAUGAAUGUUAAGAGUACAUAUUUUCAGGAUCAUUUGCCUAGUGAGCUAAACUUGUAUUAUAGGCCAAUAUUUUUUAAAAUAAAGCUUGGUCAACCUCUAUGUUACACAUAUUACAAGAUAUAGCACUUUCAAAAAGAAAACAUAAACCUUUUAAGAAAAUUUCUUACAGGUUAUGCUUUUUAUUAUAAAACCUUUUAUUAUAAUUUGUUUCAAGUGCCAUUAGAUUACAUAUAUGUAGGCCUUUGGUAUAAUGCUUUGUGUACAAAAUGGUAGACAUUGUAAUUUUAAACAGGUACAUUUUUACAGUGUUUUCUUAUCAAUUUGCUAUAUUGCACAGAACCAGUGUGUCUUUCUUAAGGGUUUUACAAUGAUUUUUUCUAGGUUUACAUGUUUCAAACUACACUGUCUUCUACUGCCAUUUUGAAUACCAGUCAAAAACAACUAGGAGUUUGUCCUCACCAUUUGCAAAUUGUCUUCUGAAGUUCUUGAUGGUAAACUUUGUCAAAAAUAUUUAACAUGCAGUAUUCAAUACCGAUUUUUUAAUCACAUCCUGUCAUCACUAUGCUGCUGUCUGAAGUUAACUUUGGGCCUGAUCCUGCAUUCGUAAAUGGGGAUCCUGCAUCCUUUGUUAUGUCUGUCUCAUACACUGGUUUAGCAGCUUCUCGUGUAUUCUUCUCAGUCUAUAGAUAAGCCUCUGAAAUAUAUGUACUUAUCUGGUAUGUAGUAAACCAUUAUAGGCUUUAGCUGCCCAUCCUGCUUCCCCCCAGUGUACAGUUUAAACCACAGCUUACUUAGCAUCAUGCUCGACUUACAAGUAAUGCCACAGUAGUUCAAAAUGUGUUUGGGUAGUCCCAAAGCUUUUAUGCAAUAAGGGUGUCUUACUUUUGUUGGAAGGCAGUGUCUUUUGAUAACAGUUAUCUAGCCCUGGAAGUGACACAGAACUAUUGCUAAUCAUAUGUAAACACUUUUCAGUAUAAGCUUCAGUGGUACAGUUGAACCAGAGUGAAUGUUUAUCUCCUCAGAAACACUCCUGCAAUAUUGUUAUAUUGGAUCAUGCUGCUAAUGUAACUUGGGAUACAACUCCUCUCAUGGUGCUACAAACCUCCCUGUCUCAUUCAGAUGUAUUUUUACCCAUAGAAAAGAAAGGACUAUACUAGACCUAUAGUUGUAUGAUAUAUUUUUAUACUGUGACUUAAUUUGUCAUUAAUGAACUUUGUGCAACACCACAAUGUAUUCAUAUGCACUUGCAAAAGUAAAAUUUUGGACAUGCAAAUAUAAACGCUGACAAGCCCAGCUCUUGUUCACAAAAAUAGGUGACUGCUAGUUAAUGUUAAAUGUGGGCUUUUUAUAUGGUGUGGAGUGAAGAACAUACUAUAUGUUACUGAAAGCCUUAGACAAAAACUGGGAAGAGUAUAUUGGUGAAUGAUGUCACACCCAAACCUGACUUGGAUUGCUGAAAUUAUAUUUUUAGCUAAUGGAAAAAUUGUUUGGACUUGUAUGCUAAAAUGUUUUGAAUGAUAAAAGUUUUGAGUCAAAAAAAAAAAAGAGAAAAAAAAAAAGAACACAGAAAACCCUGCAUUCCAGACUGAAUUUGUAUAUGUUUCUUGCAUUUAAAAUUUGCUAUCCUGUGAUAUGAGAAAUUGAGUUGCUUAUCAUGUAUAUGUACUUUAAAAUGUAUUCACAAACUACUGUUGUAUUUGUAUAAAAUAUAGACAAAAAGAUUGCAUAUAUAUUUUUGUGUAUAAGCUCUGUAAAAUAGCAAUCACAUUAUGAAGCUGCAGCAGAACUUCAUUUUAAACAUUCACAUCCAAAGAAACAGACUAUUUAUUGUCCACAUACCCUGAUUAUAAAAUAUACCUUGCUGCUAUUAAACAAUAGUGCUGCAGCUUCUUGUGGCCUACAGUGUUAUGUUUGCUGUACAAAAAUAUGUGAACUCCACAAAAUAUAUCAAUAAAAUUACAGAAUGGUUUUAGUUAAUGAAUAA